AUGAACAGCUAUCUCCAACAACUCCUCACUCGAAGCGAGCUUCCGCGGACACCUGUUCUUAGCGCAGACGAGCGUCAUCCGACGGAGGCGCAAGUCGAGCGACCGGACACCGAACAUGGUCGUGAUCCCGAAGAUGCGAUGGAGGUGGCGGCGUUGGAAGACGACCAUCAACUCCAUGUCGUAACCGUCCCCACAGAACAGGAUCGUGGGCAGCUGCUGUCGCCCUCCAGAUUGAAACAAAAAGACCUGCCUGAUGUGCGAUCGGACGACGGGACCCUCGCCGAGACCAUCGGAUCAGCCACUACAAUGGUGUUCCAACAAAACCCCUUGGGAGACAAUGAUCACACCUUUGCCCCGGCAUUCGGGAAGUAUUGGUUUAUGGGACCGACAUCGUCAUGGUCCUUCUGCCGGCGAGUCUUCGCCAUGUUGGGGAAGCGUAUACCCGACGCGGCGCCUGACCCGUGGCACGGGCCAGACAGAGGGGCAUUCCAGUUGCAAUGGAGCCCCCUCGGCCCCAGUGAGACCCCGGAUGUUAGCAACUUGCCCCCGCUGGACUACGCGCUGCUGUUGUUCAACACGGCCAAGUUCUAUCUUGGGGUUCUCUUCCUAUUGAUUGAUGAGAGUACAUUCAUUCAAGACAUCCACAGCCUGUACGAAAACCCCGCGGCGAAAGCACGCUCUUCGAGGUCUUGGUAUGCCCAGUUCCUACUCAUAUUGGCGUAUGGGAAGGCGUUCCUAGUCCGUAGUCGCAGCCGUGGCCCGCCGGGGUAUGACUAUGCCCUGGCGGCCAUGUCUCUUCUGCCGGACCAGUCCGGACUCAGUGCGGACCCGAUACAAGCCAUUCAGAGUCUGGUACUGGCAGCUCUGUACUUUCAGAGUGUGGAUAUGAGAGUGGCUGCCUUUCAUCAUAUUGGCCAGGCUUUGCGGGUCUGCCUGGUUGAGGGUAUACACAGGCACAUGCCCGAGCAUAUUGUAGGCAUGGACUACUCGAGGCGGUGCAACACCGUGUUCUGGGUCGUGUACAUUUUAGAGCGAGAGUUUGGAGCACUGAUGGGCGUGCCGAAUUCGCUACCGGAUGACGACAUCACCGCGAAGUUGCCAUCGCAGCUCCACAGCUCCAUAGACGCCAUGAACAUGACAUUACACGUGCAGCUCUCUGGACUAACGGCUAGGAUAUUCACAACGGUGUAUGGAUCGGGAGGAGCAUCGGACGGCUCCCUGAUCCCGAAUACGCAGUCUAUACUCCGAGACCUGGCUCGACUCUCCCAGGACCUAAAGGACUUUUUCAGGACGCAUUUUCAAGGGUCUUGCGUUGUCCUCACCACGCGGCCUUUGGUCAUGUGCGCAUUACAGAUGCACGUCGAAACCUCACACACUCAGACGUCGGAGACGAUUUCUUUGACGCCUCCAGUACGCUCGCUGCUGCAGUCGUGUGUCGACUCGGCGCAGACUGAACUGAAGAUGCUUCAUGCGCUGGCCGAUGAAGACUUGCUAGAUUCCUUCUUGCCGUUCCAACUCGAGGCCGCAUUUUCGUCGGCCUUUGUGCUCUAUCUGCUGCGCGUCAUAAGCCCCUCGCUUCUUCAGGACGAUGCGUGGUGCGGCAACAUCCAGCACGUGCUCGACAAGAUGAUUGCCGAUGGCAGCCUUGUAGCUCCUUUACGGAAAGCGGAACUCAGUCAGCUCGAAUACGUCAUGGCGGCACUCAUCACCCCAGGCAAAUGCGACCCGCCACCACCAUCCACGUCGGGCGACGACCAGUCCCUGCCGGCUGAUGUAGAUUGCGCGCUCUCAGACGACAUACUUAAUAACCCGUUCUGGGAUGUCUUUGUGACGGACGGGGUGGCUGGGCUGCUCCCGCAGGAGCUAAUGGAGUUGGCGGACCAACUUGAUGUUGAGUAUUUGCCAGACUCUAGCUGA